GCAGACGAGGUGGAAAGUUGCAGAACAGAGGCGAGAGUCAAGAGAUAAAUAAACCGAAGAAUGGCACCGAUUUGCGGACGGCCCUUCUCGAAUCGCUUUAUUUUCUGAGCAGUGUCCAUCCGUCCAACGGCCCAGGAUGGACACUGCCGUGGACAACGAGUUGGUCGCCGACCUCACCAGGGCGAUGCGACUAUUUUUGAAAGGCGCUGCCCUUGAGGAAGAAGGACAGCUGCGGGACGCUGUCGGUUUCUACCGAAAGGCCGUCCAACUUGUCCCGGACGUCGAGCAGAGGGUCCACGAACUCUCUCUUAAAUCAGGUGGACCAGCUGGUAAGAAGGAAACCAAGACAGACGAUGGCAAAGGAAAAGAAAACGCUGCAGAAGUGGAGAUUGAAGACCUUCCCGUUAAAUUUUCCCAAAUUAUUUCUCAGCAGGGCACUGUCUGUUUGCCUAAUUCAGAGCAACAGGGUACACAUAUAAGCCAGCUGCCCCCUGAGUUGUUGCUGCUGCUGUUGCGUUGGGUGGUGUCCUCGGAGCUGGAUUUCCGGUCCUGGGCGCGUUUUGCAGCCGUCUGCCGCGGAUUUUAUCUGACGGCGCAGGAUAACGAGCUGUGGAGGCUCAUCUGCAGACGUGCGUGGGGCUGUCAGGUUGAGGGGCGCCGCAAGUGGAGGCUGGAGUUCGAUCGGAGGCCCAGGGUGCGCGUUGACGGCUGCUACAUCGCCAGGAUCACUUACGUCAGACCUGGGGAACUCAGUUUCCAGACGUCGACCUACCUGCCAUGGCACUCUGUCCUCUACUUUCGGCUUUUGCGCUUCUUCACCGGCGGCCGCGUGCUGAUGCUGACGACGGCCGAGCAGCCCAACAUCAGCGUCGGCUACCUGCGCCACAGACGCUCGCCGCACCCGCAGGUGCUCAGCGGAAGCUACAAGGUUGACGGCACCGCGGUCACAGCUGAGUUGUUCGAGGCGCCGAGGCCGAAACCCAGGCCCCAAGGUAGGAGGCAAGUGCCCCCGCCCCACGACACAGGCACCAGGAAAUACUCUAUGGUGCUGCAGAUUUGCAGUCAGAAGAUAAUUUGGUCGCGCUACUGCAUCGAGACGACUUACCUCUCUGGCCAGAAGUCGGUCUGCGAUUUUGAGCUGACAAAUAGCCAAUUUCCCGCGAUGAGCUUUGCCCGCGUCCGCAGUUACACGCAGGUGCCGACGCAGGAGAUGUUGUGAUAAACCCCAGAAAACACUUUAACGUAAAACCCACACGCUGUAAUAUUUUUUAUAAAUGAUAAAUAAUGCUAAUUUUGUUUUGCUAAACUUGUAUCAAUAAAAUUGAAUAAUCGUUGGUUGAAA